CUCACCAUCACAAAGGAAAAAGUGGAACAAAAGAUCACGGUCCAUGUGAUAGCCCAGUUGCCAUCAGAUUCUUCAUGAGCACCAAUUUAACAGUGCAGGGAGUUAAAGUCAUGAACAGCCCUCAAUUCCAUUUUAGGUUUGAUGGCUGCCAAGACGUCCAUGUGGAAAAGCUUGUCAUAAAAUCCCCUGCUUCAAGUCCGAACACAGAUGGAAUUCACAUUGAGAAGACAAAUAAUGUCCAAAUUUGUAAUUCACUUAUCUCCAAUGGUGAUGACUGUGUGUCAAUUGGAGCUGGUUGUUACAAUGUGGACAUAAAGAAUAUAACGUGCGGUCCAAGUCAUGGGAUAAGCAUUGGUAGCCUUGGAAAUCACAAUUCCAGAGCUUGUGUGUCCAACGUAAAGGUGACAGAAUCAGUGAUAAAGCACUCAGAUAAUGGGGUUCGGAUAAAGACAUGGCAGGGUGGAGCAGGAACAGUGUCCAAAGUAACGUUCAGUAACAUUUACAUGGACACUGUUCGAAAUCCAAUCAUCAUAGACCAAUACUACUGUCUCUCCAAGGACUGUAUCAACCAGACAUCUGCUGUUUUGGUUUCCAAUGUUUCCUACUUGAACAUCAAAGGUACUUAUGAUGUGAGGAGCCCUCCGAUGCGUUUCGCCUGCAGCGAUUCUGUUCCAUGCACAAACCUCACCCUAUCAGAAGUAGAGCUUCUUCCUGCACAAGGCCAUUUUCUGGCCAACCCAUUUUGCUGGAAUGCCUAUGGAACUAUGCAGACACUUACUGUCCCACCAGUUCUAUGUCUUUUAGAGGGAAAUCCACUCACUUUACCUCAAGUUGAUGCUGUAGGGUGUUAGACAGGAAUGGUUAAUUAAAUGUUGUUAUAACGCUGUAUUAAGGAAAAAAUGAGCCCUAGGAGGGGAAAAAUACAUCUGUAUGUAGCAAUAGCAGAACAAGAUGAGUAUAUCAAAUGAAAUCUACGAAACAGAAUUAAGUAGUAAAAAGAAAAAGGCCUUCUUGUCCAGCUUACCAAUUCAUCUUAAUUUCAGUGCUGCACUGUUACUAAAGUGCUAUGCGUGACCUAUAUCGAUAACAUGUCAAAGGCAAAAAG